GUUCUAAGAAUGUCAUCAGGCAUCCAAAUAAAACCAAAGACUGCAGUACAGAAAAGUAAGACAUCUUCUUUGCCAUGUUCUCCAGAACCUGCACUUAAACCACAGCCAAAGCCUAGUGAUAAGCUCAAUCCUAAAACUAUUGAUCCGUUUGGUGCUCAUUCUCGACCACCUUCUGCAUUUGCUGCUAUAUACGCUAAAGGUGGCAUUCCUUGCAGGUUAGUGCAUGGCUCAGUAAAGCACAGACUGCAAUGGGAAUGCCUUCCUGAAACUGUGCCCUUUGAUCCUCUUCUUGUAACAUUGGCAGAGGGUCUAAGAGAGACAAAACAUCCCUAUACAUUUGUUUCAAAGGAGGGUUUUAAAGAAUUACUUAAGCUUGAAGGUGCUACUGAAAAAGCAAUUCCCUUGUUGCCUCGUCUAGUUCCAGUGUUAAAGGCUGCAUUGGCUCAUUUGGAUGAUGAAGUAUUCAGAAGGGGAUUGGAUGCUCUAGUUCAACUGAGUGCUGUUGUUGGCCCAUCUCUUAAUGAUCAUCUUAAGCAUCUACUCACAAAUCUUUCAAGGAGAUUAAUGGAUAAGAAAUUUAGAGAAAAAAUUACUGUUGCUCUACAAAAGUUGGAGCAAUAUGGUGGAAAGGCAACUGUGGCUAUCAUCAAAUCUAAAAUUCCAACCUAUUGUUCUAUCUCCUCUUGA